UUCGGUGAAAAACCAGCGCAGACUCCAUUGUUCUGUUCCGUCGCUCCGGGUUGACAACCCAACCUCCCCAUUCCCCACCUCGCACAGCUCCCCCCUGCUUCGGGAGCUGUCGCGUCUCUGCGCGCAUCGGAAUCCCGUCGCUGGCGGCCGUGGUAUUGGCAACCCAACGCCUCCGCACUCCCCCCUAAUUCGGGAGCCGUCGCCGCCAUGGCCGCCGGCGACGAGCCCUCCAUUACCCGCUGGUCCUUCGAGGACUUCGAGCGCUACUACGACGCGCGUCUCGGGAUCCGCGGCGAACCCAAGGGCGACGGAAACGACGUCGAUGACGAACGGCCGCUUGGGUCAGGCUCCGCCGGGAGUAGCCCCGCGGCGUUCCACGCCAACGGCGGUGCCGACCUGGCCGUCUUCGAGCAGUUCGAGCGUCUGAAUAGAAAGGUCGGAUUGCACAACGGGGCAAUGGAGGCUCGGCCACUGCAGAAGUCCCUACUUCCUCCUUUUGAAUCUGCAGAAACACGCAAUUUGGCUGAGACGUUGUUGAGGGAUAUCAUUCAUGGGAGUCCAGAUGUCAAAUGGGAAAGCAUUAAAGGUUUGGAAACUGCGAAGCGUCUUCUCAAAGAAGCUGUUGUCAUGCCUAUAAAAUAUCCUAAGUACUUCACAGGUCUGUUAUCACCUUGGAAAGGUAUAUUGCUUUUUGGUCCACCAGGAACAGGAAAGACAAUGCUAGCAAAAGCUGUGGCUACUGAGUGCAAAACAACCUUUUUCAAUAUUUCAGCCUCAUCAAUUGUCAGUAAAUGGCGUGGUGACUCAGAGAAACUAGUAAAAGUCUUAUUUGAGCUUGCAAGGCAUCAUGCACCGUCUACCAUUUUCCUUGAUGAGAUUGAUGCCAUCAUUAGUCAACGCGGUGAAGCUCGUAGCGAACAUGAAGCCAGUCGGCGAUUGAAGACUGAACUAUUAAUACAGAUGGAUGGGUUAACCAAGACCCGUGAGCUUGUUUUUGUUCUAGCGGCCACAAAUUUACCAUGGGAAUUGGAUGCAGCAAUGUUACGCCGAUUGGAAAAACGUAUUCUUGUGCCCUUACCAGAGCCAGAAGCUAGACAUGCUAUGUUUGAAGAGUUCUUACCAUCCACUCCUGUAACGAUGGGGAUUCCCUAUGAUGUUCUUGUGGAGAACACUGAAGGAUAUUCAGGCUCUGAUAUACGCCUUGUGUGCAAGGAAGCAGCAAUGCAGCCCCUUAGACGGUUAAUGGCAGUUCUAGAAGGUACACAAGAAGAAGUUCCUGAGGAUGAGUUGCCUGAAGUAGGCCCAAUAGCGGCAGAAGAUAUUGAACUUGCUUUGAGGAAUACACGGCCAUCUGCUCAUCUCCAUACACAUAAAUACGAAAAAUUCAAUCAAGAUUAUGGCAGCCAUGUCAUCAGCUAAAGUUGAGCUGCAAAAGCAACAGCAUUACCCUCCCUAGAUUUCUGAGGUGCACUCUGAACUGUUCCCUAAGCAUGUCUAGAACUCAUUUCUGCUGGAGCUUGUUGAUAAAACUUUGUUUGCACGUGAUAUGCAACUUCUGUGUUCCUUCGCAGAAUGCUCAAUUACCAUCCAUGUAUUUCCAGCUCCUACGCAUUCCUCGAGUGCAAUAUAUGUCCCACCAUGUACAUUACCAUUUGUUUGAUGAGUAAUAAGUGUUGAAUUUUGGGCCUGCCCUUAUAUAA